GAUCUGAAACCGUUCAACAUUACAAGUCGAAUAUCGCUCAACCAGGGGGAAUUUUCCACGUAUUCUCAAACAGAUGGCAGCUUUAAGCUACACAGCAUUCCGCCCGGAAUCCAUGCUCUGGAUGUGCUGAGCACAACCCACCAUUUUAGUCAGAUAAAGAUCCAGCUUGUUGAGGGGGAUAUGGACAAUCCAAAGUGUUUGGAAUACGCGUACCCUGGGGCUUCGAAGAAGCCUGCAUCGUACCCUGUUGUUUUAAAGGCAAUUGCAACUUAUGACUACUUUGAGCCCCGUCGGGGAUUUUCCGUUUUUUCUAUGUUAAAAAAUCCCAUGUUUCUCAUGAUGGCGUUUUCUGUGGGUCUAAUGUUUUUGAUGCCGAAGAUGAUGGAGGGUCUGGAACCGGAAGAGAGGGAACGAAUGAAGCAACAGAUGGAG